GUUCCCCAUCUAUUGCUUUUUAGGUGGGUAUACGUUCACAAUAUACGUGAUAACUAUACGCAAAGUUGAUCGUGAAAAUACAGUGGCGGUGGUUUAAUUAGCUAUAGAUCUUAAUUCUUCUAACAAAAAGAGGAAAUCUCAAGGGGGGUCUCCUAGGCCAGCACGAAAGGGGCGCAGCCAUACCGACCGGAUUCCAUCAAAAGUGAUUUCGUCAGCGGGAGCUGAUGCAGGUCUUGCCUAAAUCAAGCUUAGGGGCUCUCCAGCAUUUGAAUCCUUCCAAUGCCGUAUAGCGGUAGAGACAGUGGAUACACGGCCCUGACAGGUCUCACGAUCCACAGCCUCAUAUCCUUAUGUUCAUCGCAGCAGUAGCGUAGGACUCGACCUAGCCUAGAAAGCAAAAAAGCUUGGUCGCGACCUUCCAUAAGCGCUCAUGGAUCCUUAUACCCCUGAGCUAGGUACUUACACGUGCUGUGAUGGAUGUACUGUACUAUACUAUGUGCUGCUCAAGGCGGAUUUCGUCCCCGGUCGAGGGACCUUUUCGUUAGUCAAUAUGGUAGUGGUGGACCUAUCCUCUGUUCUUUCUCACGUUCCCUCUCUGAUGUCAAGUUUUCUUCUUUCUCAUCUCUCGAUCGCGACGCCUUAGUGUCGUCUUGCACUAAGCCGCAGAAUCGUGUGCCGUUAGCACAGCACUUCUGUGCGUGCUUGUAACCAUGACCAUGGCGUCCUCUUCACUCGUUUUACCCAUUUCGCUCCUUUCCUAUCUAGCAUUACUUCAACCAGUUCAGGCGGGAGAGGGACCUGUAGCUGCAUCAUGGUCGGACACGAUGUUUGGCCCGGAUGGCCCUUGGCCGGCGGUAGAGGUGACAUUAGGAAGCAAUCAGAAGAUAUCGAUGUAUCCGGGACGAGAAUUUCAAAGUUUCCUCCUUACUAGCGACUACUGUAAUGAUAAUACGACAAUUCCGUGUUAUGCUAACCAGGCCGGACUUUACAAUGACGCCAAGUCGCAGUUAGACAGCACGGGAUCCACAGGCCACAUUGCAUUCCAGUCGAAUCCGGAUUAUAUGUUAGGUGUGGACGUUAAGGGCGAGAUGACAGAGUCGUGGGUUGAUACGAUGGACUUUAAUGGUGCUACGAUAGAGAAUGUCUCGUUGGCGCUAUUGACUUCGUCAUAUAUGGCAUAUCCGAAUGGCCAGUGGUAUCCUAUGAGUGUGGGCUGCCUGGGAAUAGGAGCACCCGAGACGGUCAACCAGUCUUUCUCCAACAGCUACGGACCAGCCAUUAACGCUAGUUUGAUUCCUGGAUAUUUAUGGGCUCAAAACACAACCGCAUCUAACUCCUUUGGCAUGCACAUUGGUUCGGCAAACCCUCGAAUGCCGGGAUCAUUCUAUUUUGGAGGAUAUGAUCAGAACCGAGUAGUAGGAGACAUUCUUUCAUAUUCAGAAGACUACACGAAAGCGAUCAGCCUAAAGGAUGUCGGUAUCAGAGUGAUUGACGGAUCAUCACCCUGGGAUUUUGAGUCUAAGGACGGUCUUCUCUCAUCAGGCAAUUCUUCUAUCAAUUCGGGGGGUAUCCAGGUAUCCGUCGACGGUUGCUCUCCGUACUUGUCGCUUCCCAAGUCAACAUGCGACGCAAUCGCCAGUGAGCUGCCCGUGACCUAUAACAAAGACCUCGGUCUAUACUUCUGGAAUACCGACGACACCAAAUACACUCAAAUCGUCAACUCGGCUUCCGUCCUGGAAUUUGUUUUCCUUGGUGGCUCGAACACCAAGAACGUUACUAUUUCGGUUCCCUUCCGGCAUCUAAAUUUGACUCUAACUGCUCCAUUAGUUGAGAAGGCGACGCAGUAUUUCCCCUGCUACGCCGGACCAUCUAAGUCGUACACGCUUGGCCGUGCUUUCUUGCAAGAUGCAUUCGUAGGUGCAAAUUGGGGUACCAAAUCCUGGUGGCUGGCUCAGGCACCUGGUCCUAAUGUCCCUGCUCCGUCUGUCGUGGAACUUCAAAAUGAAGACUCAAUCAAAGCGAGCACAAAUGAUUGGAAAGAAUCGUGGUCCGGAUCAUGGAAGGCUCUCUCGCCCGAUGAGGUAGGCAGCUCCGCUAGUGUGAGCGCCCCCAGUGCGACAGUUAGUCAAGAUGCUACUGGGGCUCAAACGACCGGUCUCUCGACAGGAGCCAAGGCAGGAAUCGGUGUCGGUGUCGGUAUUGCAGGGUUAGCACUUAUCGGCGCCAUUGCAUUCUUCUUUUUACGCCGUCGUAACACACCUGCAGCUGCAGCUGCUGAAGGGGCCACGCCUGCCACAGCAUACAAUCCUCACGAUGGACCAUCUCAAGGCUAUUACGCACCGGUUAAGAACCCAAGCUCUCCUGGCAUGACACAAGCAUCAACAGUCACGCCGGGGUCGCCACCAAACGGAAUGAUGUACGACCCGCGAUACGUUCAAUAUCAACAAUACCCUCAGUCAUACCCUCCACAAUUCCUCCAGCAAUAUCCACAACAAUAUCCCCAACAAUUUACACAAUACAGUCAAUCGAAUAGCUCCGAGCUAGCAGCCGUGGGUAACACACCGACGGAAUUGCCCGGGUCGACAACAUAUGACCCCCACCUACUUGAUGGCACUCAAGUCUAUCAUCAAACAUCGCCGCAGCAGACUUAUGUACCGCCGCAGACGCCACAUUCACCAGGGCAAGUUGUAGACCAAUCACCAACACAAGGUCAACACCAAGGGCGAUGAUACGAGCAACAUCAAUCUAGCAGGCAGCACAGGCGUUACGGAGAAAGCGGGAAAUAGAUUUUGGGCAUCAAAAAACUUCUUUUACAACCUUGUAAAAUACAU